CAUAUGGUCGUGACAACAUUGCUGGCUAACGUGAACUAAUUAUCAAAGUGACGGCUGCAAUUUCAUUAUUUGGUUUCAGUAAAGACGUUUUGCAAUGUCAGAUAAUGACUUAAUCGGACCUGCCUUGCCACCAAGUUUCAGACGAAGCAGUAAUGAUGAUUCCGACGAAGAAGACACGCUUGUAGGCCCAGCACUUCCUCCAGGUUACAAGGCGAGGGACGUGUCUAGCUCCUCAGACGAUAGCGACCAGGAGGAGGUCGUGUUCAAGAGAAGUAGACCCUCGAGAGAGGAGAGGAGCGAUGGUCCCACGGCAAACAAAUUGCGUCGGGUGGAAGAACCAGAUGACGAUGGUUUCUUUGGGCCUGCACUUCCUCCCGGAUAUCAGAAACAACAGCAGUCACCUGAAAGGCCUCCAGUUUUGGGCCCAGCCUUGCCACCAGGGUUUUGCAGGCCAGCAGAUGAUGAUGAUGAUGAGGAGGACAAUGAGGGAGAUAGGUGGGGCUGCCCAGGACCAGCGCUGCCACCAGGUUAUAAAGCAGAGCCCUCUAGUAGCGAGGGUGAGGAAGGUGACGUCAUCGGGCCCAUGCCUGCCCAGGGGGGUGCCCACAACACAGUUGCCAUGGAUUUUGAACGCAGAGCACAGCGGAUGAAAGACUGGCUAACCUCUGGUGAUGACGGCCCGAAGGAGCUGUCGCGGGAGACCUGGAUGACUGAGCUCCCCCCAGAACUCCAGCACAUCGGCCUUGGAGCCCGCACCUUCAAGAGAAGAUCUGGACCAGAAAACAAAGACCGCUCCAUCUGGACUGACACCCCCGCUGACCGUGAGCGCAAGGCUAGGGAGCGUCUGGAGGGGAAACAAAGUGGUGAUUCACAGAAGGAUGAAACGCCACAAAUGUCCCAGAGAGAUCUGCACAUGGCUGAGAAAGUGGCGAAGUACAAUGAGUCCAAGCGGGGUGAGUCUCUGAUCAGCAUGCACGGCAAGAAGAUGAAGGAGAAAGCAGAGACAGAGGACAACAAGCCGGCCGAGAGGCGGCCCUUCGACAGGGAUACUGACCUGCAAGUUAACCGCUUUGACGAGGCCCAGAAGAAAUCCCUGCUGAAGAAGUCCCAGGAGCUGAACUCUCGAUUCUCCCACAGCAAGGACCGUAUGUUCCUGUAGUGGAUAGAGAAAUGGGCCACACCUUGCCACCAGCAUCUCAAAGGACUUAAAAAUUCUGUACAUUGAAAUAUUCUCAAAUGGAACCGUAUGUGCGUUCUGUGGGAGACUAAAACUCAACAAAAGUGUUCAGUUAGAUGUACCACACAGUUGUAAAUCAGCCUUGUAGCUGCUGUUAAUGUUGUGUGUGCUUCGUAUGUCCAACUAAACACUUUGCCUUUUGACUUUCCAGAAGACUUACAACAUUCAUUUCAGACUCCAGUUGGAAACAGGAGCAAUCGGAAAUGUGUUUUGAAAACUGUAGUUAGAUAAACUGCUGGACAUCUUUUCAAGGAUUGCCACAGGUAUCCUUUAAACUGUGUGACCUGAGGGACCAGCAGCUUUGUAAAUGAGGGCUGUGUGUUUGUGUAUUGUGUUGGUCUGCUCGUGUGUUUAGUGAGGAUUUUUUAAUAUGUGUUUUUUCAGCUCAGGGAAAGGAAGUGAAAAAUGUUCUGCGUGUUUACUUGGUCAGUGUCUGAAAUUACAAUUUAAAGCCCCAUACUCUACAUUUGUACCAUUAAGAAUCAAUCCACUGUAGCCUUGUAUGUUAGCAUUUCAUUGAUAAUAAUUGUAUUUACAAUUUCUAGUUUUAGGCUGUGUCGUCUAAGAUGUUGGAGUACUUUUGUCUGAUAUAGCUUGUUUCUUUUAUUUAAACUUCUUAGUUACAGCAAGUUUCAAGUACUCAAACAAUAAAAAGUGUACAUGCCUUGCAACAUUGGCCCAUAUGUUUUACUGUAAAAUGUAGGAACACGGACACUUGUAGGUAAGUGGUGGUCUGAUUGCACAUUGUGUUUUGUACUGAAUUGGAAGAUGCAUAACAACUAGAUGAGAAAUAUGUAGAUGAGCUUAAGUACCUCCUGGAAGGUUACCAAGUACCCUGAUUUAAAACCACUUCUGUGUCAUCCUUUUGUAUUUAAUCAACACCAAUUCUGACACUGAACUCUCAGACUCUGCAGAAGAUUGUCAUAUUUCUCUUGUUGAGGACGUGUGUGUGGGCACAUUUUAAAACUGCAUCUCCACUAAAAGAAUUUUGCGCCUUUUGUC